CCCCCCCCCCCCCCCCCCCACCUCUUUACCAGCCGUCUGCCACACCACCAGCAACAUGCCUCCAAGCGGGGACUCACCGGCUCCCACGACCGCCGUCACGUUCGGCGUCAACACCGACCAGCAACACCCCGCCACCCGAGAUCAGUCUAUCACCAACACGAGAGAAGUCGCCCCGCCUAUUCACCUCACCACGACAUUUGAGUAUGCUCAGGACCCGGACCUGCUUAUUCCCGCUAUUGACCGUCAGGGCCAGCCCGUCCAGCCAUUUGUCUACUCUCGCGAGUCUGCACCCAAUCUUACGCGUCUUGAGGAUGAGCUGUCAGUCUUGACACACGGCAAGGCCAUCACAUACGCUAACGGAUUGGCCGCGCUAUUUGCCGUUUACACCUACUUCAAACCCCGCAACGUUGCCCUCAGCCCCGGCUACCACGGGUCUCUCGGAGUGCUUCAACUUCAUCAAAAGCUCACUUCCCUCAGCAUUGUACCGCUAUCUACGCCUAGCUCCUCACUCCAACCAGGCGAUAUCAUCCACCUCGAAACCCCCGUCAACCCAACCGGCGAAUCCCUCUCCAUCGCUCACUAUGCUCAGAUCGCCCACUCAGCAGGGGCAUAUCUGCUUGUCGACUCCACUUUCGCGCCUCCUGGCCUGCAGAACCCGUUCGAUCAAGGAGCGGACAUCGUCAUGCAUUCGGGCACCAAGUAUCUUGGCGGGCACAGCGACAUGCUGGCGGGUGUCAUCACAUUGAAGGAUGACGAGAGGGGACGCAAGUGGGCCAAGGAGCUGCUGACGGAGCGGACUAUCUUGGGGAGCAUCAUGGGCAGUAUGGAGCAAUGGCUGUGCUUACGCAGCUUGAAGACGCUGGAGCUCAGAGUAGCCCGACAGAGUGAGAGCGCGGAAAAGCUCGUACGCUGGCUGUAUACGUGCUUGUCGGACGACAACAAGCUGCCAACGGCAUCCGGGACUGCCCCUACCGCUAACAAGCCCACCCAACGCGAAAUCGAUAUUGUCCGCCGUGUCGUCAAAACCGUUCACCACUCCUCCCUCCAAGGCGUUCUCGACCCUUCCACAACCAAAUGGCUCCCAGCCCAGAUGCCCAACGGCUACUCCCCAGUCUUCGGACUCUCACUAAAGACGCCAGACCUCGCUCGACACCUGCCGAGUCACCUUACACUCUUCAAGCAUGCCACGAGUCUUGGCGGCGUAGAGAGCUUGAUUGAGUGGCGCGCGCUGAGUGAUAAGCAGAUCGAGCAGAAUUUGCUUAGGGUUAGUGUGGGUGUGGAGAAAUGGGAGUUGUUGAAGGGGGAUUUGUUGGGUGCUUUUGAGAAGUUGGGUGCUGCGUCCGUUUAGAUGAAUGCUGAUUUCAACGAAGGAUUGGGCGCAGGCCUCGGUCUCUUCAGUGUAAUUUGUAGUUUCCUCAUUCUGUUCUGCGUAGAUUGUUAUAUGUACAGUAUGUAAAGUAUGUUCUUUGGACACCAUGGAACUUGAAAUUCGUCAAUGGGCAAGUCCCCUCCUCUAUACUCUAUACACUACGGGUCAAACGCGCCAUG